AUGGAUUUCAUCAGAUCAUCCACUUCUUCAUCAACUAAUAAGAGCACAAAUGGCAAACAAAAAGCAGAGGAAAAACAGAGCAAUUUUCGUUAUUUGGGAGUGAGGCGAAGGCCAUGGGGUCGAUAUGCUGCUGAGAUAAGAGAUCCGAAUACGAAAGAAAGGCAUUGGCUCGGGACUUUUGACACUGCUGAAGAAGCUGCAUUGGCUUAUGAUAAAGCUGCACGUUCCAUGCGCGCUAACAACAAAUCUAACAAACCAAUUCGGACCAACUUUGUCUACUCCGACAUGCCACAUGGCAAUUCUGUCACUUGUCUAGUCUCCCCUGAUGAGGAAUAUCCACAUCAAUUACAACAUCAACAACAACAACAACAUUUAUUGGUCUUCGGUCAGACGGAGAAUAUUCUUGCUCCUACUGUCAACUACACGGACUUCAGUCAGUCCUCCGUCAGCAGCGUGAAUAAUGUCGGAGGAGACAGUGGUAGUGGGGGUGGAGCAUUUGCGUUGCAACAGUACUAUAACCCCAACUACGACAUGCAUAUGGAAGACAAUUACAGGUACGAUAGUAGUAAUACAACAUCAACAGAAUUGCCACCAUUGCCAGAGGAUAUAACAAGCAGCGGCAACUGCUACUACUUCAGUGAGGGAGUUGAUCGUCAAGGUACUCAAUUUCCACUAACAGAUCAUAUGUCUAUGGGUACUUUUGGUACAAACAAUGAAUAUCACUAUGGCAUGACCUGUGGAGAAGUUGGAGCAGGUACUGACACUACAACAAGUAGUACAACAGCUGGGAGUUUUAACUAUUUCGGUUUUGAUGAUUGUUUACAGCCGCUGCAAUGCAGCAACACUAACAUGCAAGAUGAAUCCAGCAAUAGUACUACUGGGGGUUAUUGGUUCUCAUAA